CGAAGGCGGAGCUUGGUUCAGUCCCGCGAAAGUCGGAUACAUUUUCGCGCCAGAGGAAGAGGUCGUGGAACGUUGAGGAACAAAGGCGAGAGCAGCGCGGAGGGUCCGCGGCAGCAGCAGCAGCAGCAGCGCCGGGCCCAGCACGCGGCGGCGCAGCGGGCCAAGGCUGGGCUCUAGCCAGCAGCGGCGAGAUGGCUCAACUCCGCGUGACCGAUUUCUUCCCGCGGGGCAAGAAAGCCCCCGCCGCAGCGCUCCAGGGCCCCAAGGGCCGCAGAAUCCACGCCGCGGCCCCGCUGCCGGUGGAGGAGGAGGAGGAGCAGCCGGGGCAGGCCAGCCCCGAGCAGAAGCAGGCCCAGCUGCUGGCCCUGCUGGCCUCGCCUCGCACCCCGCUCGGCCCCGGCCCCCCGCAGGCGACGCCCAGCAGCAGGAAGCGGCGCCGGCCCGAGCCCGAAGCCGAGCAAGGCCGCCUCCCGGGCCCGAAGGGGACAGUCCGGAAGAAGCUGGUGAUGCCCGCCGAGGAGGUCUCUGGCCCUCCGUCUCCUUCAGCCCCUGGUACUCCCAGCCCCUCCGGCCUGGACAAGAAAGCAAAGGAUUUGGCAAAUGCAACCCUCUCGCCAGGUCUGAAGCUGGGAAAUGGAGCACGGCCUGACACAAAGGCAGGGCCAGAGGAGAAGAGGAUGUCCAAAGAGGGGAUUGCGGAGCUGAGAGGCCGCCUGGAGAAGGUCCGAGCUCUCGCCCAGAAGGCCAAAGGGCCAGGAGCCGGGUCCUCGGAGGCAGACGGCGACCUAAAGCACCGGUUGAAACGGGCCCGGCUGCUGGAGACCAAGACCUGUGAGAGGACAGCUGCGAAGAAGGGCCUCUCCGAGCUCCAGUUGGGUGGAAAGGACCACCCCGAGCCGGCAGCAGAUUCCAGUGAGAAGACCCCAGCCUACCAGAGAUUCCACGCCCUCGCUCAGGACGUCUCCCCUGGGCUCACGCUGCCCUACAAGUACAAGGUUCUGGCCGAGAUGUUCCGCAGCAUGGACACCAUCGUGGCGAUGCUCUUCAACCGCUCGGAGACGGUGACCUUCACCAAGGUCAAGCAGGGCGUCCAAGACAUGAUGCGCAAGCAGUUUGAAGAACGGAACGUCGGCCAGAUCAAGACCGUCUACCCAGCCUCGUACUCCCUGUGCCAGGAGAAGAACAUCCCCACGUUCGGCAGCCCCAGCCGGAAGCGAUCCGACUACCAGCUUACUAUUGAACCAGUGCUGGAGGAAGGUGAGAAGCUGUCUGCAUCGUGCCUGAUGAACCGCCGGCGAAUAUUCCACAGAAACCUGGUUCACAUCCUCAAAGAGCAUCACAAGGCUUUCCUGGCGUCUCUCCGCCCUCCCAUUGUGGUCCCGGAUGACCAGCUGACCCGCUGGCACCCUCGGUUCCACGUCGAUGGGGUGCCCGACAUCGUACCUGCUGAUCUGCCCCAGCCUCCCCAGGUGGAUAAACUCACCACGGCCCAGGAGGUGCUGGAGAAGGCCCGCAGCAUGCUGACGCCGAAGAUGGAGAAAGCACUCGCCAAUCUAGCCUUGAGGACAGCAGAAAGCAGCCCCCCUGCCCAGGCGUCCCCUAGGCCAGUCCCUCCGGCGCCACCCAACACACCCAGCAGCCUGAAAGGGGUGUCCCAGUCUCUCCUGGAGAGGGGCUUGUUGUUGAAUCUCUCUCAGCCCCAUCUUGGAGAUGCUGCCAGGGAGGGAACUUGGGACCUUCUGCUCUUCCCAGAGCGGCUCCAUCCCCUGAGCACGGUUCCCUCUAAGAUCCGAGCCAAGGAAUCCCAGAAGCUGCAGGCGCUGAUGACGAGAAACCCGCAGCAGGAGCAGCGGCUAGACAUGUUGGCCCGCCUGCCCGAGAUGGCCCGCAUCCUGCGCAACGUCUUUGUGGCCGAGAAGAAGCAGGCACUUACCCUGGAGGUGGCCUGCCUGCGGAUGAUGGCAAGCUACCGGUCCCUCAUGACCCCUGGAGAGAUGGAGAAGCACCUUCGCCUGUUCUCCGAGCUGUUACCAGACUGGGUGAGCAUCCUUCCGAUUCGGAAGGACACGUACGUCAAGCUGGAGAAGAGUGUCGACCUCAACGUGGUGGUGGAGAGGCUGGCUGCGCGGACCAGGGAAGAGGAGAAGCGCUGAGCCCCACAGCAGCCUUGGAACGCUGCUGCGAGUGGCCAAGGAACAAGACCUGACCCCUAAUACGGCUGUCAUCUGGCUGGCAGAGGUCUCUCCUGGGCACUUUUCCGGGCAAGCUUCAUACAGGGAUCUCUAGGUCAUCGUUUCCCCCUCUGCCCCCUUGCAACAGUGAGGGCAGGAUGGGGAUAACUAGCUGCUUAAGGAAGAACUGCAAUUUCCCCCGACUCCAAUAUUGAGGCAGGCCUUGAGCUUGCCUCUCUCCUCUCCAUGGCCCCCAGAAGCCAAGGGGGGAGGGCCAGCUCCUUCUAUUUGGCUGGGAGCAAUUUCAAAGCACUAAACUCUCCCCCCCCACACCCCAAACACAGACAGGAUUGAACAGCAGGUAGAAGAAUGACUGACCUCUGCAAGACCACAGAAGUUCCGUUUUGUUUUUCUCCUGAUGCAAGAGUUUCCACUGACUUAAGCUCAAUGAAAUGGGUGGUGCAACUUUUUCCUAAGGCAUUGGAAACAAUUUCCCGUGGGUUUUUUUAAAAUUUAAAAAGUGUUCGCUGGAUUUAUUACAGGGUUAAAACCUGCCCCUUUUAAAAAUCCCCCCCAUGUGUUCAUGCUGUGAGUUGCAUUCAAGUUGUAGCAUUCUAUUACUUUUGACUGGUAUGAAUAAAACUUGGUUGAAGCCCA